AGCGUGACUUUUCUCUUUCCUUCAGUUUCCGUCGCUUUCUUGACCACAGGUUGUUCCCAUCAUGUCAGCAGCUCCUGUUCACAGAGUAUUCUUUGGCAGCUCUCAGGAGAGGAGACUCUUUCCCCUCCAUUAUGCUCCGGACCGGCUGGGAAACCAAAUGUCACGACAGGAAGUGCCUCACCUCGGCCCCGGCUGCUAUGACAACCAUGAGUUUGGCACCAUGCUGUAUGCCUUAGAGAAGACACCGGGGAGUAAGAAGGGAUACGGUCUGUCUGCCAGGACCGCGGCGCGUUUUCCGUCCUGCAACAAGACAGCGACCCCUUCCCCACAGCAGUACCAGCAGGAUCAAAGCCAGUCCACAGUCGCCCCUCCUGGCAAAACCCCUUUCAACUCAACCUCACAGAGGUUCAAAAGCACAUCAUGUACAGCUGAGAACAGCCCAGGGCCUGGGACCUACACUCAUGAUGCAGUGACAAACAGGAAAGUGAGCUGGCCGAUGUGCUUCGGGAGGCCAGACAGAUCCAGAAUGCCUCAGAUGGAAAAGAAGUCACUCAAAGUGAAGCUUAACAGUGAAAAGGAGUUCCUGAAGCACAGCAGCAGACUCGCCUACCUGAGUUUGUACUAUUAACAAUAAAGCUGAUGGAUGAAAACACGUGACACUGAUGUAAGAUGGAGUCUUUG